UGGCGCCAAAACAGCAAGGAGGAAGAGUUGACUUGUAAACACAGCCGGAGAGAUUUCUGCUCAAUACCACAGCACAUAUAUUUGGUCUAAAACUACCUUUCGGCCGCAUUCAGGCACAAAAUGGAUACACAGUCAUAUAUGCCUGUACAGCCUGGGGUCGGGAUGGAGGAGAAUUUCCUGUCUCUCGACGAUAUUUUGCUCUCUCAUGAAAGACUUCCCAUCCGGACAGAGUGCGCUUUCCCCCGCCUGGGAUACCUGGAGAAGUCGAGUGACACACAGGACAUACCGGAGGGCACAAAGAUGGAGCUCCCUCUGUGGCUCUCCAAAGGACUGUAUGAGAGGAAGAGGAGAGUGUUGUCAGUUGAGCUUCCGAAGGUGUACAGAGAGGGCUGGAGGACCGUGUUCAACGCCGACCCCAACGUGGUGGACUUGCAUAAGAUGGGGCCCUACUACUAUGGCCUGGGAUCCCAGAUGCUGCACUUUGAUAGCCCAGAGAACCCAGAGAUUGGACAGACGCUGCUGCAGACGUUCAUCGGCCGUUUUAGACGAACCAUGGACUCCUCCCAGAAUGCCUACAACGAGGACACGUCCGCACUGGUGGAGCGUCUGGACUGUCUGGAGAAAGUUCUGUUUCGGUCAGGGCAGAGCGGCCUCAACGGCUUCCAGAGCUGGGAGAAGGGCCAGGCCACCCAGCUCACCGCCUCUAGUCUGGUCCUCAACUACCGUAAGAGGAAGAUGACAGACGUGCAGCACUGACCUCUGCCCGCAGUGAAAAAGAAAACGGACACCGGUCAGAGAGCGCUGACUUCCUGUGGUUUUCCAAUUCCACAGACAGACUUUCACAUCCGAGCCAUGCUCUCUGUGGUGUGGAGUAUAAAUGUGUUUCCUAUUUAUUGUGUCACAUUGUUUCCACUGAUGGUGCAGGAACUGAUGAUAAGUUGAUCUAUGAAUAUUCAAUUCUUGUCAUUUUGAUUGCUGCUAUUGUUCUUUUUAUCAUACAUCAAGUAAAGAACCUUUAGCUGGUUGCAGCGUUACAAAUACAAACAGUUGCUUGUUUUUUCUGUUUUAUGGCAUUACAGAUGGGUAACCUUUGGAUUGUUAGGCUGGUCCAUUGGGGUAGGUGAUAUGGAUAAAAUGUUCUUCCUUGAUAUACGUGAUUUUAUAUCUUAAAAUAGAAACUCAUUUCUAAAUUGCCUUGUUCUACGAACAGAACUGGCAAUAUUACAGAUAGCUGAACAGAGCAAAAUCAGUAAUAGAUUUUAGUCUUAAUUUUAUAAAUAUUUACAAGGGAUUCUGUUACUUCAGCAUCUACCUGCUGCCACAGUGUUGACUGCCGUUAUCUGUGCUCAUAAAGGAACACUUGCAUAGCAGCAUAGUCUGUGGUAAGGCGGGCUUUGAAAAUACAAACCAUCAUUUUCAUAAUGUUGACUACUUAAGCUGUCACUUAAUCCGUGUUGUUAAUACUAUAGAAAGUGGCCGUAGCAUGCAGAUUGAGGUCACCUCUAAAUGCCAACUGCUGGGCACAGUGAGCAGAAUCUACAAUUACCACCUGCCGGGCACCAAAUGCUGGUAAAACGUGUUUUUGGUAGAAUUAUCAGUGAGAUUUCUUAACAUUUGGACGUCAUGUGUGAAUUAUCAGUGCAUUCUGUAUGAAUUCAAUUUAUAAAUGAUAAUAAAUGUACCGUACAUACAUUAUUUUUGAGCUUCUAUAUGCUUUAAAUCCUGUAUGCUACUAAAAGACUCAUCUUCAGAAUUGUUUAUUUGACAUAUAUUAAAUAUUAAAGUAAAACUAGUUAAGUUGAGUUUUAACCUUUUGGAUAAAAAAUGUCAUCA